AUGACCUCCGAUAAACAAAACAAUGGCCAUCUCGCCAAACCAUUCACGCCCACCCUCUCGGCGGCCUUUCACCGUACCAGCAAGGCUCCUCUGACGCCAAAACUAGCCAGUCCAAGCCCCGGUCAUCCCGUCGCUCGCCGUCUCGCACCUCCCGACCACCCCUAUUCCACCCCCACCAAGGACGAUAUCUCCUCGGUCCCUCCGUCCUUUCUAAGCGCAAAUAUCACCCCUCGGUCGGGUUCACGCACCACCCGCCGUGAUGCUGCUUUCUCCUCCCCAACGAAUACCACUUCAGCCCACUCGCCGCCAGCUCCUUACUCUCAAGCUACGGUCGGCUUGGGAGUCAAUGGCGUGCGAAGGACAGAGCGGAGUCCAGCCCGCGGGGUGAAGCCAGAGCAAUCGAGGAGUCUGAGAGCAAAGACAUUGACGGCGGAAGGCCAACAAGCUUCGCGCCCUAAUUCGUUUACUGAUUUUGCGUCCAACUCCCCGAUGUUCUUCCACGCUUCCGAUGCCCGGUCAACCACCUCCUCGGAGGUAGAAGCACCGCCUCGUCAGAAGCAGGCCAAGAUGUCCCCUGCUUCAAGCUUCGUCUAUGCCAACGGGGAUCAAGAACGGCAAGCCGCGGUAGAAGACUUCCACUCGACAAUAUCCAGUGUCAAGCGCCGCUCCGGAGGUCUCCCUCGUCCUAUUCCUGCACCGAGGCCCGCCGCCUCGCCUUCCCCUCGUCUUAAAUCCCCUCGAAUUUCCGAUGCCACUUCUACUCCCUCCGACGACACACUGUCCCAAUACAAUGCCAAUCCUGACCUGGCAUUGGUGGAGAGCAUUAUGCAACGUUACAGCUCGUCCCCGAGCGUAAUAUCCGAAAGGCCGCAGCCUCCGUCACUCCGACAACAUAGGAAAUCAUCGAGCGUGGACUCGAACAGUCAGAUUCUUACUCCCCCUGAAGGACUUCGAGCGAGCCCAGUCAUUAUUUCCAAUACAUUGGGUGCGGACGGAACGACACCGGUCAUGUCCGAUCAAAUUCCAACGCUGCGUCCACGAGUCUUCAGCAAUGGCUCUUCGGUGUCGACUGGCCCCCAUGUAUCCAGGCCUUUGAGCCCGGGAAAGUCUGACGGUCCUAGCGAUAUGGCACUGAAUGCGCGAACAGAGCGGAAAAUCAUGGAUUUGGAGAUUAGCAAUUCUUCUCUUCUGGCCAUCAAUCGGACACUGGAACGGGAGAUGCGAAAACAAAACGCAGAGUUACGGAGAUAUCGACGACUUAGCCGCUCUGGGCGUCUCUCCAUGGCUCCUUCGACGCGUUCGUUUUCUGGUGCCGCACUGUCUACGACUAGUGAAUUAGAUGAAGAGAACAGCGAAUUUUCGUCAGUUCGAUCCCAAGACGAACUUUACGAUUCCAGCGAUGAGGACUCCGUCAUGGAUGAAGGCGUCCUAAGCCCUGGUUCUCUCGCAGAACAUGAUGCAAAGCACCGUGCUCAUGAUGAAAAAAAAUUCAUGCUUGAUCUCGCCCGACACCAGGAGCUCCUGGUUGAUAGUCAGAAACUCAACCAGAGCUUGAAACGAUGCCUCGAUUGGACAGAAGAGCUGAUCAAAGAAGGUCGAAAAGCUCUUGAAUAUAAUGUCCGCGUCCAGGAUGUCGAGCUGGGUGGGCGAGUUUUGUCCCCAGAAGAGCUAGGCGAGAUUGGCGAGAGCGGGCGAGGUUUGCUCAGUCCUUCCACCGAAUAUGCGUCCAUUUUCCACCCUGAUACCUCAUCAUUUGACGACUCAUUCUUCGACCCAGCAGCACUUCCCUUACCCUCGUCCCCCGGUGGGACUGAUUAG